GCGACCCAUGCUUACGUUUCAUUCGCAACGCGUGUUAUAACCCAACUUAUCCUCUUCGUCAUACAUUGUGACUUAAGUGAAGUGAAUUUCGAUAAAUAAAACUAAGUUCUUCAAUAAAACCUUUACCUUAAAGUGGUAAAGUAUACUUUAAGUGAAGUACAAAGGCAGGACGACGAAUUGUUUGUUUUUACCAAGAAUAUGCCGGCUCGCUAAUUGCUUGAGCGUUAGCGGAGUGAAAGCGACAAUAAUGAAACGGUAGUUAAGAAUGCGGUGGUUCAGGAAAGGUGAGCCGCCUCGGCUGCUUGCCGUUUCUCCAGAUGCGGAACCGCGAACUAGUCGCCACUCACGAUUAGAUCUCUCACCUGUAAACUUCUCCAAUGGCAGCAGUAGUUCGGUGGAGACGAAUUUCUACAAUCUGAGCGAUCAAGUUAUAAUUGUAGGAAAAUCUCCACAUCCUUGUCAUCGUACAAGCGACACUCCAGUCACCCGUCGUAUAUCUCUACAAAACAAUGCAACUUCGCCACAAGAAAGUUGCAAUUCUAGUCGUAAACUACGCGGAGGCUCUUUAGAAAAAGACUCCAACAUGGUUUUCAGAGAAAGACGUAAUCCAUUGUUAGAUAAAGUUAAGAAUACAAAACUUUCCUGUUUCAAAUCAAAUGGAGUCUUUCGACAAGAUGACGCUUUAUCAACGUCAGGAAGCGAAUGCAGUGGUUUUGGCCAAGUAGAUGAUAUGAAUCAAUAUCGUUUUGUAGAAAAUUAUCCAGAAUCUCAAAUUGAAUUUGAAAAUCACAAUCCAUGGGUUAAAAUGCAAAAUUAUGACGAUGAAGUAUUUUAUGCUAAAAGCCCCGUCGAAUUGAAUUGGCGAGAUGGUAAAUCUUUCACCAAUAGGGGAACUAGAUGUUAUAGUUCUGGUUCCGAAUGUGAUCGUUACCAUGUCAUUCCCAAAGCAGGAACAAAGCUUUCAAAAUCAAGUGAUCAAAUAUUUAAUGAUGAUUUCGAAACAUAUGAUGAAACAUCAAUUGAUGUACAAUCUGAUAGAAAGACUGAUAAGUAUAAGAUCAAAAGCGACAAGGACACUAUCGGGCCAAGUUCAUGCUUAUCUGCGAAAUUACGAGCUAUGUCUGAUAGAUAUUUAAGAUCAUCAACAAAUAAACUAUUAUCCAAAUUAUAUAAGCAAAGUGAAGAUGACAAUGUUGCUCUUAGUAACGUCAGUGAAAUCAAAACACCCAGUGCAGUAAAUAAAAGCCGCAAAAGAAGAGGUGGGGUAAAAGCAAAACUAAGAAGUUUCUCAUAUGGAGCCUUGCCAGGUUUAGAUGAGUUUCAAAAAAGUCAUAAUUCAGUAUUUCAUGACGAUGUGUACAAUAUGACUUGUGAUGAUGAAAAUGUUUUAAUACAAGACUGUGAGGAUGCUGAUUCUGGGAUAUUAGUUAACGAGUCCGCAGCAUCAUCAAUAUUUGAUAAUGAUAGAAUAUCUAUUCGUUGUGAAAGUUCCGCAUCUCAAACUAAUCCUCAGAUACCGUGCCAUAGUAGAAGUGUAUCUGGUGAUCAAGGCUAUAAUAAAACAAGAAUCUCGCAUAGAAGGAGUAGAGAACGAUAUGAUGCUCCAAAACCUAAGCCAAGGAAUUCCCAAAGAGCUUUAUCCUUAGAUCGUAAAGAAAUACUGAGGCGAAUGCCAAAGACAGACGAUUAUUUAGAGCCUCAAUAUCUUCAGCUCACAGAAAAACAAAAAAUGCGUCAAAGAGAUGUUACUCAUGUAGACUGCGGAAUACCCCCGAUCCCUCCCUGCCGUAAGCCACUUAAAAAUUCUAAUAAGGUGCAGUCGGAAUUCAAAGUUGUCAAAAUAAUUAGAAAAGCUCCAUGCGAUGAACUAGGAAUAUUUAUAGCCAAAACCAAACUUACUGAUGAGGGACACAUUGGAUAUCUAGUAGCUCAUGUUGUUCCUGAUGGCUUAGCGGCUAAAGAAGGAACGCUACGAAUUGGUGAUGAGCUCUUAAAUGUUAACGGCAGAAGACUCAGAGACCUCACAAUGUCAGAAGCCAAGGAAGCACUGAGAUCUGGUUCGUCUGAAAUUGAUAUUGUUAUUUGUAGACCAAGAGAAAAAUCUUCAUGUUCAAAAAUUCAACAAGAUUCCCAUCGUCAAAGAAAUGGCGACUCAAUGAGGGAAAGUUCAGUGGACUACGAAAACGCAAUUUUGUUAGGCAAGGAUAGAAAUAGUGAUAAAUAUGACGUCAGAAAGGGACAACGUAAGUCUCAGGACGAAUUGUCGUGUAAUCGGAAUGCGUUAUCAGUGUCAAAUGAAACGGACGCCGUGGGUGCGGUGGCCACUCAUUCACAUUUCGUAAAAGGCCAGAACGCAAACUACAGUAGUAUGAACAACAAACUUUUGCGUCGGCAGGUUGUCAGUUACAGUGGUGCUGAUAAAGAUGAGUUAAUACUUAGUUGUGCGAGUGAUGUAGUGGAUGUGGACACACCGGACGGUAUAACCGAAAAGAAUGCUGAUAGAAUUGAGGAUAACAAUGAUAUUCAAACACCGAAUGCAGCUAACUUCUGCACUCUGCCAAGAAGACCGCGGGCACCAACACAUACGUAUCACACAAUCACAUUCGAGAAAGGUCAUGGGAAAAAACCUCUUGGAUUCACAAUUGUGGGUGGACGCGACUCACCCCGAGGCCCGCUUGGGAUUUUUAUCAAAAGUAUUCUUCCACAAGGUCAAGCCAUAGAUGAUGGUAGACUGAGUGCCGGAGACGAGGUUCUAGCAGUCAACGGGCAAGCCUGUCACGAGCUCGCGCACAUAGAAGCCCUGGCUCUCUUCAAAGCUGUCAAACAUGGCUCAAUAGAACUCAGAGUGUGCCGUAGAGUGAAAAAUAAUCAAUCAACUAAAGCAAAAUCGUGUACAGAUCUUUUAAAUGACGAUGACUGAAGCAUCAGUUCUACAAACCAAGGAAGGAAGAGAGUGCAUCGAAUUUACCUCUAAAGGAAAAGAAUAUUGACUAAACGUCGGAAUAUCCCGAACUAAUUAUAAAAUGAAUAUCAAUGAAAUGGGAAAUGAUGACUGUUGAUUGGGGAGUGUAUAUCUACCAUUAUGACAUUAAAACAUAAAGAACUCAAUGGUAAUUGGUUGCUUCAAGUAAUUGAGGGACAGAUACAAAAAAUAUUUAAAAUAGCUGCUGUAAAUUUCAUCAGUCCCACUACCACGUUGUAUAUUUGAUUUAAUUCAAGUUAUUGGCAUGGCUUCUUAAAUAUUAGCCAAGUUUAAUAUGAUGAUUGAAAAUGUAUUUAGAUUUGCUAAUUAAGGACGUACUUACACUAUGUGAUUCUCAUAAUCCUUUAAGAAUAAUAAUUUUAUCAAACAAUUGCGUGCCAUGUUUAGUCGUAAGCACAUCAAUUACAUUUAAUAUUAAUAACUUAGAUUAAGGAUCGGUCUUCGCUGCGCUCCAACUAGAUACCGCAGGCGUAGUCUCAAAGUGCGGCAACUAAUACUACGCAUGUGGGCGUCCUCGAGCCAGUCCUGAACAAUGUGUGACGUUGACGUGCCAGUUUUCUGUUAAACUUUGCUAAUAAUUGGAACUAAAUUGCCGGGUUGCCUAGUAAAACUUUGUAAAAAUAAUUCAACAAGAAAUAAGAAAGACACUGGGAUCACAUAUCUGUAAAUAUUUUAGGGUUUUAAUAAUUUCACUGUAAAAUAACAUGAAGCGUAUGUUAAAAUUUUUUGAAAGAUGCUACGCACACAAGCAUCUAAUAAUUGCCAUAAUAAAAAAGCUAUAGUUGUUAGGUAGUGGGUAGAGACCAAUCCUUAAUCUAAGAUUAUUAACUUUUCUAUCAAAACCCAAGUUAGACGUUGUACAAAGUAAAAAUGAUAAUAGCUUUUAUUGUUUUUCUUUUGUUUUUUCUGAUAUUUAUGUGUAAAUGUUUUAUAAAAUCUGAUUGAGAAACAUAUUAUGGAAUUUAUGUGAUAAUAUUUUGAGUAAGUACUUUUGAUUUCGAUUGUAUAUGUAUUAAAUUAUGUCUGUUCAAAUAAUUUGCUUAAUUUUAAUUAAUGCUCAAACUACAAAUGGUUUUUUUAUAUAAACUCAUAGGUUAUCCCAAAGAUACUAUUAGUAGUAAUUAAUAAUGAUUUUAGUGUUUUAAAUAAAAUAAUAACUAAAAUGAAAGAUCAUACUGCUAUAUAUUCCAAAGUAAACUAUUGUCUGAUUUCGUAUAUUUAAGUUUCAUGUUCUCGAAAGUUAGUCCUUUUUGGAACGGUCUGCUAAAUAUAUAUUAUGUUCAUAAUCAUUUUCUUACUUCAAUAGAAAUUUUUGUUUAAGAAAAAUAUACUCAGAAUUUUUUAUCUAGGUACAGUCAAGUAGGUUGAUGCGCAUAUUAGCUGACUUAUUGCUUGAAAUAUGGAAAUAUCUUAAAGAUUAUAUUCGCUUAACACUUCCGCACAAACACCAUAUAAGCGUUGCAAAGAAAUAUAGCCUAAAGUAUUAUCAAUUGUCAUCAGCAAUUUAGGCCUAAUGCUAUAAAUACAUGUUUGGGCUAUAAGGCGUUACGCGAAUCAAAUUCCUUGACUAUACAUACAGCGUUCUGAUACAUUUAAAAAUUAUUGUAUAAAAUGUUAAAUUACUAAUGUAAUUAUGUUAAGUGUUAUAUUAAGUGGAUAUUAGAUACUUAUAUUUGUUUCUUCAGUCAUUUUCAAUUUAAUUUCUUCUUCUGCAUCAUUAUAGAAUAAACUCAUCCAUACCUUAACUAAAAAUUAUUUUGAUCAAUAAAAUUUAAACAUGUGGUGUUAAGGGUAGGCUCCCAUAAUUAUAUGAGAUUUUCUCGAGAUUUUACAACUAAAUUAAAUAUACUAUCAAAGAGAAAUUUAAAUAUAAUAUCUAUUUUCAAAUCUUUUUCUUUGUAAUCUAAAAUUAUUAAUAUUAUAAUUAUUUUUGUGAGCCUACUCUCAAGUAUAGUACUUGUUACCGCCUUUGAUACAUAUUUUAUAGUUCACUCUACGAUACGAUCCACAAGUCACGGAACCAGUUCUUCAGCUCUCGAAGACAAUCAUUCCGUAUCAAACCUCCACGCACGCUAUCCUAGUUACUUGUUCUUGUACAUAUUGUAUUAAGUAAAUUAUCAGAGUUGUAAUAUAGACAUAUUUAAAGUUCGCAUCUGUUCAAGUACUGAACAGUGGAGGAACCUGUUGACACCUUGGCCCUAUGUGUUUGGUGAUGAAUACUCAAAUAAUUGAUCUUUCAAAAUAUGCAAAAAUAGUUUGAGUACACUUCGUCAAAUAAAAGUAAAAAAUAGAUAUCUAAAAACUGUCUGUAAAAUGAAAUAUAUAUAGACCGAGGAAAACUAUACUGUACACAAGAGUUUCUCAUUUAGUUUUAUGAGAAUGAAUGUGUUUCUUAGACUCUAGUGCAUUAAAAUAUAUGAUAGGCAUUAGAAAACAGAUAUGAUGAAUUAUUUAAUAUGUUUCAAAUGGCUUAGACUUAAUUUCUUGCAGCUAUUUAAGUGUAAUAGCUUUCAAUUUCUUUUUGAGAUGGUAAAAAAUAGAUUAUAAUCUACAGAAAAUAAAUUUGUAAUGAGUUUAUCGACCUAUAAUAGUUAUUUAUGCAACUGUUGUGUAAUAUGGUAUUAAAACUCGAUUGUGGGUUUUAAUACCUUAUUAUCAACAGUUGCAUACAAAACUUUAUCUACACCCAUAUAUGAAUCCUCUAUAAAAGAUUCUGAAACAGUUAGCUUACUGCUAACAUUAGAAAAGCCAGUCUCAAAGCCAUCAUCCAAACGAGUGUUGUAAUGUUGUAUUUAAUUUUAUUACAACUCUCGUUUGAUGUGAUGGUUAUUAGGACAUUGGGUGUUUUAAUGUUGGCAAUAAGCUAACUGUUGUAAUAAUCUUUAAUAGUUAAUUUAAAGCAUGGGUGUAGAUAAAAUUUAAUAUUAUGAAUUAGGGUUUUUUUAUGACGAUAUUCCAGAUUCUAAUUAGCGAACAUAUUCACACAAAUGAUUUAAUAAAUAAUGCAAAAAUAUAUAUUAUGAUUAGGUUUGAAAAAUAUUUAUUAUGAUUACAUUGAAGAAUUAUAGA